GUGGAAAUACUGAUAUAUUUGCUAUGCGUUUGUAUCGGUGGUCCGUUUAAUGUUAUUUGCUUUGGGCGAUCGCUUCGAUUGUACAUGAACGAUCGGAAGCAGCGGAACCAGAUACUUUUGCUUCGAUUGCAUUUGAACAUUGCCGAUCUGCUCACAAUGUUCAUCUACACACCAACGCAAAUUAUUUGGAUGAGUACUUUCCAAUGGUACGGCGGUGAUUUGUUGUGCCGUAUUUGCAAAUUUUUCUACACAUUUAGUUUUUAUUUGAAUUCUUUUGUAAUUGCUGCGAUAGCCGUUGAUCGAGCACGAAGUGCUUAUCGAAUAAAGUUAGUUUUAUGCGAUGCGAAACGCAAGUGA